AUGCUCUCGGGCCAGCGCUUUGCUUGGCCUUCGCUCAAUGCUUUGUUCGCCGAUCGAGUCAAGAACAUGCCGAACAAGACAUUCCUCGCAUUCCCCAAAGCUGGUGCCACCAACAAUCCUUCAGCUUUUGCGUACGACGAGUACACCUUUGGACAGGUUGACGAUAUGGUUAGCCAUCUGGCUGCUUCGUACGCCGUCGCCUUGCCUCCCAGGCGUGUGAACCAGCCUUCGAUUGCUGUUGGUCUUUUCGCAUCCAGUGGAUUCGACUACAUCGUUCACAGCUUGGCUCUCUUCCGUCUCGGUCACGUUGUCGUUUACCUGUCCACCAACAAUUCUACCGCAGCUCUCGCUCAUCUCGUCAAGGUCACUUCGAUCACCACCCUUCUGUACAGCUUCGACAAAGCUGAAGCCAUCUCUGCCCUCAAGCCAAUGCUCGAAGAGCAAGGUCUCGCCUCAGUCGACCUGGUCAGAUGGACGAGCGUGUCAGAAGCCCUCAAGCUCUCCCUCGCCACCACCAUGGACUCAAGGAGAUACACCACGGAGCUAUCGUACGAUCAAGAGAGCCUCGAGGACGCUUUUGUGAUUCAUUCCAGCGGGUCCACCGGAUUUCCUAAGCCAAACUUCCUGAAGUGA